UAUGUUUACCUUGCACUGAAUGUGCUCAUUAGAACAGAAAAUUCACCCAUGCAAUGGAAGUAAUCGCUCCAGUGCCUUGUUUUGUAUUCAGAUGUUUGCAAUUACUGUAAGGGUGAUGAUAUUCUGACCAAACUGUAUACAUAAGACGGUACAGAGAAGCAACUCCCCCGCAAUUAUAACCAAACACAAGUACUCACUUACAGUGCCACCAGUGAGCAAGGACACUCCCCUUUACUUUAUAAGCUGUGCCUGUGGACAAAAAACAACAUCUAACCUCUGCCGUGUGAGAUCUGUCCGUUCACCUUCAUCAGUCGACAGGAGACUUCUGAAAUAUUUUCUUGAAGUGUCGCUUGGUGACUGGAAUGUGUUUCCAAGCAGCAGCUCUAUGGCUGGUGCUGCAGCAACUGCUGCUCACUGUCUCAGCUGAGGGUAUUGUCUACGACCUGCUGGUGUCUCCAGACUGCCUGCCAGACUUGCUCCAAGGAAGCCUGAAGAACAAAGGCAGGGAUGAGGCGUUCCUCCUCUCGUCCUUCAGGCUCCAAAACAGGGCCCCCACCUCUCUGUUCAGUGUGCUCAACCCCAAAGACAACACCAAGUACCUGGAGCUGAAUGUGCAAGCCAAACUGAGCAAAAUGACGCUUCGUUACCAGAAGACCGACGGCAGGUUUGGCACCACCAGUUUCAACCACGGCUCCCUGGCAGACGGACGGGAGCACCACGUCAUGAUGCACGCCAGCGGCCUCCAGCGCGGCCCGCCUCGCCUUAACAUCUACGUCGACUGCAGGCUCGCUCAUACUGUGAAUGACCUGCCGGCCGCGUUCGGGUCACUCCCACCUGGGCCCAACAAGGUGGCACUGAGGACCCUGCAGUCAAGCGGACAGGAUAACCUGACAGACUUGAAGCUGGUCAUUGAGGACACCAUCGACAACGUGGCCACGCUGCAGGACUGCAGCAUGGAACCAGCGGAGUCUCUGCACCUGCUGGGUUUCCAGGGAGGCAGGGUGGUGCAAGAUCAGACCAGCAUACAGGAGCUGAAGAGCAUGCUGUCUGAGAUGAGGGAGCUGCUCCACAAGCAGAUUAAGGAAACAAACUUUCUGAGGAACACCAUUGCUGAGUGUCUGGCUUGUGGACUCGGAGGUAGUCCCACCAACCCUGUCCCAGGUCCGAGUCCUGAGCAGGUGGUCAUUCCUUCCCAUCUGACUGGGUGCCCGCCAGGGACCUGUUUCAGACAGAACAUGUGCAUUUCCUCAGAGUCAGGGGGCUUCCAGUGCGCCCCCUGUCCUGAUGGAUACACAGGAGACGGGGUUCACUGUGACGACGUAGAUGAGUGCAGCUUUAAUCCGUGUUUCCCUGGCGUCCGCUGUGUGAACACCGCUCCUGGUUUCCGCUGCGAGAAAUGCCCCGUGGGAUACAUGGGACCAGAGAUCAAUGGCGUCGGAGUGUCUUACGCCAAAUCACACAAACAGGUGUGUGAAGAUUUAGACGAGUGUCUGGGCCCGCCUGAGAACGGAGGCUGCACCCCCAACUCCCUCUGCUACAACACUAUUGGCUCCUUCCGAUGUGGAGAGUGUAGGGCUGGUUUCACUGGUGACCAGUUGACAGGCUGUCAUGGCACCAGACUGUGCCCCAAUGGUCAGCCGAACCCUUGCGACGUCAAUGGGGAGUGCAUUGUGGAGAGAGAUGGAAGCAUUAGUUGUGUGUGCGGUAUUGGUUGGGCUGGUAAUGGCUACGAAUGUGGGAAGGACACAGAUAUUGAUGCGUAUCCAGACAAUAAUCUUGUGUGCAGAGACAACAACUGUAACCAGGUACUCCAUUCCUACGUCCUCCUCCCAUUCUCAUGUUCAACCCAGGCUUGCGUCAGAAACUAUUGUGUGUGUGUUUUCCAGGACAACUGUGUGUUUGUGCCCAACUCUGGCCAAGAGGAUGCGGACAGGGACGGGUCUGGUGACGCCUGUGAUGACGAUGCAGACAAUGACGGCAUCAUUAACAUAGACGAUAACUGCUGGUUGGUCCCAAAUGUGGACCAGAAGAAUAGUGAUAAAGACAUCCACGGCGACGCCUGCGAUAACUGCAAAACAAUCCAAAAUCCCUCACAGAGGGACACGGACAAGGACGGACUGGGAGACGAAUGUGACGACGACAUGGACGGAGACGGCUUGAAAAACGUUCUUGACAACUGCCAGCGAGUCCCGAACCCAGAUCAGGCAGACAGGGACAACGACGGCGUAGGGGACGCGUGUGACAGCUGUCCUGACGUGGCCAACCCUAAUCAGUCGGACUCAGACGACGACCUAGUAGGAGAUACCUGUGAUGACAACAUAGACAGUGACGGUGACGGUCACCAGAACACGAAAGACAAUUGUCCCACUGUCAUCAACUCGUCUCAGCUGGACACGGACAAAGAUGGAAUGGGAGAUGAAUGUGACGACGAUGACGACAAUGACGGCAUACCAGAUAGUGAAGAUAACUGCAGACUGGUUCCCAACUCAGACCAAAAGGACUCAGACAUGGACAAAGUUGGAGACGCGUGCGAGGGAGAUUUUGACAAGGACAACGUGAUUGACAUCAUCGACCACUGCCCUGAGAACGCUGAGGUCACGCUGACCGACUUCAGAGCCUACCAGACCGUGGUGCUGGACCCGGAGGGAGACUCACAGAUAGAUCCCAACUGGGUGGUGCUCAACCAGGGUAUGGAGAUAGUCCAGACCAUGAACUCUGAUCCUGGCCUUGCUGUUGGCUAUAAAGCCUUCAGUGGAGUUGACUUCGAGGGAACCUUCCACGUGAACACAGUGACGGACGAUGAUUAUGCUGGCUUCAUUUUCGGCUACCAGGACUCGUCCUCCUUCUACGUGGUGAUGUGGAAACAGACGGAGCAGACCUACUGGCAGGCCGCGCCCUUCAGAGCUGUCGCUGAGCCUGGAAUACAAUUGAAGGUGGUGAAGUCUAAGACGGGUCCUGGUGAGUACAUGAGGAACUCCCUGUGGCACACAGGAAACACAACGGACCAGGUGCGUCUCCUGUGGAAGGACCCCAGGAAUGUCGGCUGGAAGGACAAGGUUUCCUACCGCUGGUUCCUCCAGCACAGACCGCAGGUCGGAUACAUCAGAGCUCGUUUCUACGAGGGGUCCAAACUGGUGGCGGACACUGGGGUGAUCAUUGACACCAGUAUGAGAGGUGGGCGACUGGGUGUGUUCUGUUUCUCUCAGGAAAACAUCAUCUGGUCCAACCUGAAGUACCGCUGUAACGACAACAUUCCUGACGACUAUCAAGAGGUGGAAGGGGCAGAGUGAAGGGGCAGAAAGAGCACCGAUGGGGGAUUUUUACCAUAAAGAAAGACGCUGCGUUGAUGUGUUGCUGUAGUAGGUGAUAGGUCAGAGGAAAACGGAAGAAACCAUUUCAGUGACGGCAUUUAGAGGAGCUGAACGUUGUGUUUUAUAUCCUUUGUUAGUCCAAUAAGUAAAUCAGCAGUUUUUCCUCAUGUUUAUGCAAUAUAUCUUCAGUUUAUUAGAGCUGCUCAAACAUAAUAAGCUUUCAAUGAACAUUUCUUAAAUAUAAUAAAAGCUGCCGCAUCUAAAACAUUUUUUAAAAAACAUAUUUGUUAAAACUGUCACUGUGUUAGUGACGAUAUAAAAAAAGGCAGCUCAAUGUUUUUCACAGAUUAUCUGUCUUAUAUUGUCACGAUAAAGUGGGAGUUUCAGCAAAUACUUUUUUUUUUUUUAUAAAAAUUACAUACGGCAGCUUUAAGUAAAAUAAAUCUUGAAAACUACACAGUAUUAAGUAUGUUUUAAUCUCUGGAAUGAUGACAACUAGGUGAAAUGCUUGCUUGAACACCAAAUUUCAGUUUUAGAUUACACUAUGCAUGUACACUCACUCGUAUUCAUUUAAAUGUCUCUAAACAAGCUUCUGGCAUAAUUUAGAUGGACUCUGACCUCUCUUAUCAGAACUGGUAGCAAGCGGAAGAAAUUUCUGCAUCUACUAGUUUCAAGUUUCUCUCUUGACUCGAAUUGAAAAGUGAAGAAAAGCAGGUGCAGGUUAUAAUUUGUUGCAUAUUCUCCUGAACCAUGGACCCGACAUGCAGCUUGUGCGUUCUGACCCUGUUUUUAACAAUAUUCAAAUUUAUUGAAGUUGUGAAUGAUGAAUAAAGGCCCUAAAUUAC